AAUGAAAUUCGUAAGGUGGUCACCAACAACAUGCUGUGCUCUGGCUGGCUCGACGUUGGUGGUCGCGAUCAGUGCCAGGGCGACUCUGGCGGUCCCCUCAUCCACAACGGAGUUGUCAUUGGUGUGUGCUCUUGGGGAGAACAGUGUGCCCUUCCCAGGUAUCCUGGCGUUAAUGCUAGGGUGUCGAGGUACACUUCCUGGAUCCAGUCCAAUGCUUAAGUGGAUUGUGACUUUCCGAUCUCAAUUGAGUAAUAAAGAACUUUACUGUUUUUAAUGUAGUCUUUUAUUUUGGUGCUGUAAAAGUGACGACACAGUGUUUUGGAUACAGUUCUGUUAUUUAUGUAAAAGAAUCAGAAGGUGUAAGAGAAAUCAUCACAACCCAUUCUGUUCAAUUUUAUUAACAUAAAAACGUUAUUAGAAACCGUAGAUAUUAUUAUUAUUAUAAAUAUUACAGGACAUUCUUACACAGAUUGACGAGUCCCACGGUAAGCUAAA